ACCUGGAACAAAGUGAAAGUUGUCAAAGACAAAAAAAUUCCCAGACUCAAAACAAAAAAUAAAUUACCUUUUCCUCCCAUAGCGUGCAGAAAUUUGAGAUGGUCCACAGUCAUUUGCAGAAUCUCGGCUUUCUCCAACUUUGAGGAACCCUGAACAGAAGAGAAAGUCCGCAAUAUUUAUCCGGAUGAAAUCCGCAAGACCACAAAGCUGAAAUAUUUGUGGCAUGCAGUCACAGAGCAGAUUUGGCUGGAAUCAUGGGAAGAUUUGUUUUGGGACACAGAAGCUUACCAAAACUGCUGAUACCGUAUAUUUUACCUAAACUAGCAACCAUUUGUCUUGAGUUGUCACCUGUUUUUCAAAAGCACUUGGCACCAGUCUCCUUAACUCCGAUAGGCUGUGAUUGAUCCGGUCCCUCCGCUUCUUCUCAAUUAUCUAUGGAGGGCAAAAGAAAUGUCAUUUUUACUAUUGUAUAUUAACAAAAAAACUCAUCUUAGAAAAUUACACCAUGACAACCCUGACUAAACCAAAACUUGCUAAUGUACUACUUUCCUAUUAAGAUAAUUGGGCGUUAGCUUGUGCCAGCAAAGUGGUAAUUGGAUUUUUCAGUAAAUAAUGGGAAAAAAAAGAUUUUUAAGAAUAGCAGUUUUCAAUCAACUCACCCCUCUUCUCUUCUUUCGGGCCAGAAUCUGUGAUGCGCUGCCAGGCGACAUGGACCCGGUGACUGGGCUGUAUCAGAAUAUAUGAGCCCACCGAAGUUUAGUCAUGGAGGUGCCUUGCUACCUGCCCAAGCUUCUGUUUGAACUCAAUGAGCAGCAGAAGCGAGGCUACUUUUGUGACUGCAGCAUCCUGGUCGAGGGCCGCGUCUUCAAGGCCCACCGCAAUGUCCUGUUUGCUGGAAGCGGCUACUUUAGAGCUCUUUUGGUUCACUAUUUGCAGGAUAGUGGCCAGCGCCAAAGCACAGCAUCAUUAGACAUAGUUACAGCUGAUGCCUUCUCCAUCAUCCUGGACUUCCUCUAUUCCGGCCGGUUAGCUUUGAGCAGCAACUCUGUCAUUGAAGUGAUGUCAGCGGCCAGCUAUUUGCAAAUGACUGACCUGGUGAACCUUUGCAAAAAGUACAUCAGCUCCUCUUUGGACAUAUGCAAUAAGGACAAGGAGGAUGUAACAGGGGGGGAAAAUCCGGGACAGGGAGGACAAUACAGACCCGCGGACAGCGGCACUGCUGCAGCAUCCAAGUCGAGUAGUUUUGGGGCUGCAGAGCCUCGCUCACAGGUUGCAGAAGCAGAUGGAGUAUCUGUAAAGCCGCCAAAGAGCCCUUUGCCCAUGCCGGGCAGCACCCCUCCAGGCCCAAGCCAAAACAUGGACAUCGACUUCCAUUCCGGCGGCGAAAAACCAAAACCCCACACGGAUCAGACAAACCUUACCUCGACGCGCUCUUCUUUGAAUCAUGAGUUAGUGAACCCCAAGAUAGAGUAUGACCCGGAUGAGGAGCUCUCGGAGUCUCCUGACAAUAAAGACCUGGCGUCAUAUCCUGGACCUUCUGUUCCUCACCCGAGCAGAUCGCUUCCCCCGAGUUUUUCCACGGAGCGCUUCUCUGUGGGUUGCAGCUCUUCUUUCAGUGCCAAACAGCUGAUGGAGAUGCUGGCCAGAGGUGAAGGCCCCAACUCACUGCUGGACCGAGGAGGCCAGCGCAUGACUCAGAGACCACCGGGUAGCAUUUUAGGCUUGAGCCGAAUGGAGGACAGUUUGGGUUUCGUGGGAUCGUCGGUGAUGGAAAUCCAGUCGGAUUGGAUCGGAGAGGACACGGGCGACAGCUUACUGGUUCCCGUCAAGCUCCACAAGUGCCCCUUCUGUCCGUACACGGCCAAGCAGAAGGGAAUCAUGAAGCGCCACCUUCGCUGUCACACAGGCGAGAGGCCUUUCCCCUGUCCCAUGUGCGGAAAGAGGUUCACCAGGCAGGAACAUCUUCGCACCCAUGCCCUCAGCGUCCAUCGGCACGACUUACCCAUGUCAUGCAAGAGCUGCAGGCGGAUCUUCUACGGGUCCACCGUGUCGCCGGGGUUCCGACGCUACGGCAUCUGCGACAGCUGCAACUGCGUGACCACCACUCACGCCGACUCCACUCCCCUGCACCCGGCCGGCCACGCCGAGCCCGCCGAACGUGAGGACGGAAACGCCGACUGGGCCAGUUUCAUGGACGACGUGGACGAGGUGGAGGUUGGUCGAGUGGAAGACUUGGUGGGGAAGACGAUGCUGGAAAGUGAGCUGACCACGUGCGAUGAUGUAGGUCAUACCCUGUGAAGUUUUAGGAGUAGACCUUGGUCAUCAUUAAUCGAUGUUCUUUAACCAGAAUAUUAUGUGAUUUCAAAAAAGGAUAUCUGUGGCUCUGGGACAAUCAGGCCUUUGCUUCUUGGAUAAAAAAAUGCGGUUCUUAUCGGUUAUUGGUGUUCCAUGCUUAAGUUCGAUGGACUUUGUUGAUUAAAUUGUGUGAGCGUUGUUUUACUUCUAUAUCUGGUGUGUAGUUUUUAUAUAUUAAAAAUUCAAUCAAUAGAUAACCUUUGAUGCCUGGUGCAUGGCUUGAGCAAAUUUGAGAAGCAGAGUGCCGCUCUCUAGUGGUGACUUGACACACUUGCAAUGCUAAUUUGCCAUUUUGCUUUUGGAAGCCAAAUGGAAGUGGUUUCCUUCUUUUUUACAGUACAAUUCUUUCUCCAAAAAUAAGUUACAAUUUGUGUUUACUUUGUUAGUACAAUCAUGAAAUGGCAGUAGAAGGAACUCAAAUAGCAAAGUACAAAUACAAAGAUUGUUCAGGUCACUUGACUUAUUUAUUUUCCUGACAAACCUACUUUACCACCUAUGUUUUAUUUUCAAUUAUCACUAGCUAAGUGAGCUUUUUUAUUAUUAUUAUCUCACAUUGUUGUUAUUCUGUGGGAACAUUUGUUUAAUGGCUUCAUAAGAGGUCAAGCCAAUUUUUCUCUUGUCAAUAUGAGCACCAAAUAAAUAAAAGAGGCUAACGUU